AUGCACACUGACGACGAAGCCCCCGUCAUUAACCCAGAAGACAGUAACGACACGACGCUUGAUAACGUUAGUGUAAGGCUUGACAAAAUUGACACUGGAAAGAAGUCCGAGAAAAAAAGUGAUACGGAAGAUCCUAAGCCACGCAUCGUUCUCACUUUUCGAUCAGAAAAAUCUGGCGCUAAAACGAGCAACAUGAAAAUUGUGUCGAAUGAAGAGAAACAUGAAGAAAUCUCUCCACGAAGGUCUAUUCGAACUAGAAACACGAAGAAAGAAUCUGACGAUGAUAAUGUGAGCCAUAUAGAUUCCGAAGAUGAGGAACUUAUCGAAAGUUCCAAUGCACCAAAACGCUCAACCAGGCGCCACAGCAAAGAAUUUACAGAUGUUAUUGCAAAUGCUAUUGCAAGGAAAGAGAAGUCAUACAAUGAGUCUUCAUCUGCUCCCACUCAAAGAUUGUCCCGUAGAAUAAAGCCAACGGCCAAAAUAUUAGCCAAUGAAGAGUUGAGAAUGGGCUUGGAGUCACAAAACAAUGCUCGUCUUGGGAUUUCCACUGAGAAAACUGCAGAAGAAGGAGUAAGAACAAGACGGUCAGCCCAAGUAAGAAAUGUUGAUUUAACUUCAGAGAAAAGGUCUUCGAAACGUAAACAUCAAGAAGAAAGUGCAAACGAAAGUUCAGAUAAAGAAAGUGACCAUUCUUCCAAGAAGCUGAUACAUUUAUGUAACCUAGGUCUUAAAGUCAAGGACGAUGAAUCGAGUGAAACAGAAAACAGAAUAACAGAGAGUUCAGCAAAUGAGGCAGCUGAAGAUGAUGAAGAUGAAGAAAUUGAUGAUGACACAGAAGUUAUAAGCAAGCUUCUAGAAGCAGAUGAAGAGAGUGCCAGCGAUGAAGACUUCUGUCCAGAGACAUCAACGAAGAGAAGACGAUCAAGAAGAAACUGCUCACCCGCGCCCCUUCGGCGAUCGUCCCGCAGAGCCAAUUUAGGACUAUAUUAUUAUGACACAUUUGCGUUCGACGACGGAGGCGAUAGUGACUACGAACCCAAGCGUAAAAAUACUCGAUCUCACGGCGCUGACGACGUACUUUCUGAUGGGGAGGCGGAAGCUAAAAUUGCCUCCGACGCCGCUGGUGCGGAAGAAAGCCCGGAGGCGGCUUGUCCGGCCGAGGCAUCUACCAUCGUGGCCACAUGCCUGUGUGAAGAAACUAGCAACAUAUACGCCGCUCCGUCGGAAUUAAAAGAGCCCGUGUUCUGCCAGGCGGUGGAGCUGGUGGAGGGCGUGCGCGUGGGCUGCUCGCACGCGCUGCCGCCCCGCGCGCCGCGCGCGCUCGCCCGCGCCGGCCUGCGCGCGCCCUACGUGCUCACGUGCCGCCUGCACGCCGCGCAGAUGCGGGCGCACAUGUGCUGCCCCACCUGCGGACUGUUCUGCACGCAGGGCAUAUUCUUCCAAUGCUCCAAGGACCACCUCUUUCAUUUAGAAUGUGGUAUACAAGGCGGGGACUCGAAGCAGAAACCCGGGUGUCCCCACUGCGGGGUGCACUCGUACCGCUGGCAGCCCGUCAACCGCGAGUACGGGCGAGUGCGCGUCGACAUGCAGUGCAGCAACAAGCGCGUGUUCCUGCCCGACCAGCGGGAGCAAUGCACGCCAGCAUUCCUAGGCUUUUCGUCCGUCGAUCCUUCACAGAUAGAUCAAGUUCCGCCGAUCCCGGAGGAGUUAAUAUCUUCAACGCCUUUAGACAUAAAAAAACUUUUUGAAAAUACCAGUGAGGAAGAGCUGACUGACUAUUCGAUGCAGGCGUUAUACGAGGCGAUAAUAAACGGAGAGUCCGUCGAUCAGCUUAUACCGAAAAUCAUUCGCGGCGAUCACCUAAACGAGCCACUGGCCGAGUUCGAGGGCGGCACGUGUGCGCACGCGGCGGCGGCCCGCGGCCGACUGAGCGCGCUGUGCCUGCUGCAGUACGCCGGCGCCGACCUCGACCUCCCGGACGCGGCUUCGCGCACGCCGCUCAUGCGCGCCAUACUCGCAUUAUUAGAUAAAGAAUCAAUAGAAGAAGCCGAACAAGAGAUCCACGAAGAGGAAGCUAAUGAUAGUAAAGAGAUUAAACCAGACCAAACGGAAGAAGACGACGCAGAAGUAAAGAAAGACUUAGAAGAUGAUAAGACUGAUGUGAAGGAAGAAGACAACAAUGAGGAUCCUAACAAACCAAGCGAUGAAGAUCUCAUUAAAGUUAUCAAGUAUUUGAUUGCAGCGGGCUGCGAUGUUAACAAGCAGGGCCCGGAAGGCAUGACGGCGCUGCACAUGGCGGCGCAGCACGGCGGCGCGGCCGUGUGUCGCGAGCUGCUGCGGGCGGGCGGCGCGCUGGUGGACGCGCGCGACCAGGGCGGCUGGACCGCGCUCGUGCGGGCCGCCGAGAACAAGCAUCCCGACGUCGUCAGACUGCUGCUGGAGUGCGGCGCGGACGCGGCGGCCGGCGACGCCGAGGGCAACCUGCCGGUGCACUGGUGCGCGCUGGCGGGCGACGCGCGCUCGCUGGCGCUGCUGCUGCGCGCCGCGCCGCGCACGCUCGCCGCGCCCAACGCGCACACCGACACGCCCCUACACGUGGCAGCGAGGGAGGGUCACUACGCCUGCGUGGUAGUUCUCCUCGCACAUGGAGCUAAAACCGAUCAGGAAAACUCUGCGGGUGAACUAGCGGUGGAAGUAUGCAGCGGUCCGAGCCACAACGCCAUCUUGCUCAACAUGCAAAUGACGAUGGCCGUAAAGGAUAAAAUACCACGAAGUCGUAUCCUUUCCAGCGACAUAUCAAACGGGCGUGAACCGUAUCCCGUGCCGUGCGUGAACGAAGUGGAUGACGCACCUCUACCGGACGACUUCACGUACGUGUCGCAGCACGUGAUGCCGGAGCACGUGUCCGUCGACGACAGCAUAGAGACCAUGCAGGGCUGCGCGUGCAAGCAGUGCGGCGCGGAGUGCGCGUGCUGCGUGCUGGGCGUGCGCGGCUGGUACCGCGCCGGCCGCCUGCCCGCCAACUUCCCGCACCACGACCCGCCCAUGCUGUUCGAGUGCAACCAGACUUGCGCCUGCGACGCGAAACAUUGUCCAAACCGCGUCGUGGGCCGCAUCGAGGGCGCCGGCUCGCUGGCGACGCCCGUGGAGGUGUACCGCACGGCUGGCUGCGGGUGGGGCCUGCGCACACUGCGGCGAGUGCCGCGCGGCGCGCUGGUGGCGCUGUACCGCGGGGAGCUGUUGCCGCACGAGCGCGCCGACUCGCGCCCCGACGACCAGUAUAUGUUCGCGCUUGACCUCAAGCCGGAUCUCCUGGAGCAAUGCAGUGACCAGACUCAGCUGUGCGUGGACGCGGCGCGCUUUGGUAGCGCCGCCCGCUUCAUGAACCACAGCUGCCGGCCCAGCGUGGCGCCCGUGCGCGUGUUCAGUUCCGUUCGGGAUCUGCGACUGCCGCACGUCGCGCUCUUCGCUCUACGGGACCUUCCCGCCGGACACCCGCUCACAUUUGAUUAUGGCGAUAAAUUCUGGUCAGUAAAGUCAAAAUGGAUGAAGUGUGAGUGUGAGGCUCUCGACUGCAGAUACCCAACUAAGACCACCGAAGAAAUUGAGUCAUGAGAUAUUGUACUUAUCAAUAUAGACAAUGAUUAUUAAUAAUUUUGUAUCAAU